UAUUGGAUGUAUCUUCCAGUAUCUUCUAUUGGAGUUUUUGGUGCUGGGUCAGUGUUGAACAGUGUUAGUUUAUUCCAGUUUAUUUUAUCCACGAAUGCGAAAACAUGGCAAGUUCGUCACGGAAUGCUACAAACAAGGUUUGUUGUUAUGCACAUCCAGAUGCUCCACUUAUAGAAGAUUAUAGGGCAGGAGAUCAGAUUUGUUCAGAAUGUGGAUUAGUUGUGGGAGAUAGAGUGAUAGAUGUAGGGUCAGAAUGGAGGACAUUCAGCAAUGAAAAAUCAGGAGUGGAUCCAUCGCGUGUUGGUGGCCCAGAAAAUCCACUCCUCAAUGGUGCAGACUUGUCUACAAUGAUUGGACCAGGAACAGGAGCCGCGUCUUUUGAUGGCUUUGGUACCGCCAAGUAUCAAAAUCGACGUACAAUGAGUAGUUCUGAUAGAACUCUACUUAAUGCGUUUCGCGAGAUUAAUGGUAUGGCAGAUCGUAUCAAUUUACCGAAAACUAUUGUGGACAGAGCCAAUACAUUGUUCAAACAAGUGCAUGAUGGCAAAAAUCUGAAAGGUCGUGCAAAUGAUGCAAUUGCUUCCGCGUGUUUGUACAUUGCCUGUCGACAGGAAGGAGUGCCACGUACAUUUAAAGAGAUUUGUGCAGUCAGCAAGAUAAGCAAGAAAGAAAUUGGUCGAUGCUUUAAGUUGAUUCUCAAGGCUCUCGAAACCAGUGUGGAUCUCAUUACGACCGGUGAUUUCAUGUCUCGAUUCUGUUCCAAUCUUGGCCUUCCCAAUAUGGUACAGAGAGCCGCUACACAUAUCGCUAGAAAAGCCGUGGAAAUUGACAUUGUACCUGGAAGAUCGCCCAUCUCUGUCGCUGCUGCAGCAAUUUAUAUGGCAUCACAGGCAUCGGAAGAUAAGAGAUCGCAGAAGGAGAUUGGAGACACCGCUGGUGUUGCAGAUGUCACAAUCCGACAAUCAUACAAAUUGAUGUACCCACAUGCAAGCCAGCUCUUCCCGGAAGAUUUCAGAUUUGCCACGCCAAUCGAUCAGUUACCACAAAUGUAAAGCGAAGAAAAAGCUUUACUUUCUUCUUCCGAAAUAUAUUUGACCGUUUCAAAGAAAUAUUUGUUUUCCAUCUCAAGCAAUCGAACACACGUAUAAUUCAAUAUUUUAUU